GCAUAGACCAACGCGACUAGAAAUCAGGCUGGCUGGCUUCUCCAGACCAGCCCCACGGCACGGCAUGAUGUCAUGGGAGCUGCCACUCACCGAGAUGAAAGGGAUGCGGCGCAGCCUGCUGGCACUAGGCAGCCCCGCUGGGGCACCGCGAGAGAAAGCUGCGGAUCCAGCCGCUCAGCCCAGGCCGGGGAAAGCCUGCUCUCCAGAGCCGGCAGAACAACGUGGCCCACGUUUAACAAAAGAACGUGUGGCCUGGGAGACCCGAGGCCAGCUAAGAACCUGCCGGUAGCGAACUUUCUAGAUCCGCGUGCAUAGUGAGUAAGCUCAGCCUUGCCUUUUUGAUGCGCAGCCACUGAUUGGCGAUCAGAUUACAGGCACUCCAUCUGCCCAGCUCGCCUGCCUUUGAUCUGCGCGGGUAAUCCAUUUUCCUGGAUUUGAAGUUUCGUCUGGGCUUGCGCCCACACACAUUUUUGGGAAAGCAGAAGCCUUUGGCGCGGAAGUGCUACCAAGCUGCGGAAAGCGUGAGUCUGGAGCACAGGCGAGAAGCAGGGAUAAACUUGUCUGAUGAGAGCCAUGGCUUUCAAGGUCCAGCUUGGACAAGGGAGAAUGCUCUUCACCACUGUGCUUUUCCUAGGCUAUUUGUCAUGUAAAGUGACGUGUGAAACCGGAGACUGCAGACAGCAAGAAUUCAAGGAUCGCUCUGGAAAUUGUGUCCUCUGCAAGCAGUGUGGACCCGGCAUGGAGUUGUCCAAGGAAUGUGGCUUCGGCUAUGGGGAGGACGCACAGUGUGUGCCCUGCAGGCCGCACAGGUUCAAGGAGGACUGGGGCUUCCAGAAGUGCAAGCCAUGUGUGGACUGUGCGCUGGUGAAUCGCUUUCAGAGGGCCAACUGCUCACACACGGGUGACGCUGUCUGCGGGGACUGCUUGCCAGGAUUUUACCGGAAGACCAAACUUGUUGGUUUUCAAGACAUGGAAUGUGUGCCCUGCGGAGACCCGCCUCCUCCCUACGAACCACACUGUACCAGCAAGGUGAACCUUGUGAAGAUCUCGUCCACGGCCUCCAGCCCUCGGGACACAGCCCUGGCCGCCGUCAUCUGCAGCGCGCUGGCCACCGUGCUGCUAGCUCUGCUCAUCCUGUGUGUCAUCUACUGCAAGAGGCAGUUCAUGGAGAAGAAACCCAGCUGGUCUCUGCGGUCACAGGACAUUCAGUACAAUGGCUCUGAGCUGUCAUGUUUUGACCAGCCUCGGCUCCGCCACUGCGCCCACAGAGCAUGUUGUCAGUGUCACCGGGACUCAGCCCAGACCUAUGGGCCCGUUCACCUCAUUCCAUCCGUGUGCUGUGAGGAGGCCCGCAGCUCUGCCCGUGCUGCGCUUGGCUGUGGGCUGCAUUCCGUGGCUACCCCUCAGGAGAGAAACGGAGCUUCGGUAGGAGAUGCGAUGCCAGCUUUCUUCGGCUCUGUUUCCCGGUCCAUCUGUGGUGAGUUUUCCGACGCCUGGCCUCUGAUGCAGAACCCCAUGGGCGCUGACAGCUCCUUCUGUGACUCUUACCCUGAACUUGUUGGAGAAGACGUCGAUUCCCUCAAUCCAGAAAAUGAAAGCUCAGCAUCUCUGGAUUCCAGUGGUGGUCAGGGGCUGGCUGGGACUGCUGCUCCAGAGACUUCUGGAAAUUUCUCAGAAACUACUGACUCACCUAGAUGUGGUGAUGCGGUCUGGGAUCCGCCCCUAGUUCAGAGUGCUCAAAGGACUCCAAGCCAAGGAGGCUGGGAAGGCAGUGACACCUUGACCCUAGCCACGCCCACAUCCUUCCAGGAUGCCUAAAGGCCAUCGUCCUGAAGUGGAGGUGUGGGUCUGGGCACACCAGUGUCGAGGCUUACAGACUGAGCAUACUUGACCUUCUAUGGCUUCUGGAAGCAAAAAUAACUCUGAACCAAACUGGCAGCAUUUCCAGCCUUUCAACCAGUUGCUUCUGAGCCAGACCAGCUGUAAGCUGAAACCCCAGCGAGAAGCAGGGAGAGACUGGAGGCGGGCAGCCUGGAGACCCAGGCUUCUUCCCUAAACAAGAACCAUAGCUGAGGGCGGAUUUGAAGGACAGAUGAGUGGAAUGUGCUGCCGGGAUUGUGGGCACAGCAGGACCCAGCCUGGCUGCUUCUUAAGUUCACAGUGGAUGUGGUUUCACAGGACCCGGAGGAUAAAUUUUCAUACACAUUCUCUUUCAGAAAUAAUCUAUUACCAUAUGAAAAAGCCUUGGCAGAUUCCUUCCCCCAGAGCUCCUGGGAGUUUCUGUUGAAGAAAGUCACUUUCUCAUCAGCAGAAUGGUAUACGUAUAUCAGGGGGUUCA